GCGAGGAGCUCUGUGAGCUCACUGCUGGAGCUGAGCUUCACACUGGGCCUGCGCGCCCGCGCGAGCUACUGACUCCCCAUAUGCUGUGUCACAGCAAGGGAAUGAAGAGCAGACUUCACUGAGGAGAGAGAGAGAGAGAUGGAUUUAUGGAUAAACUGGGCUUUUUAGAGAGUGGAAUGGCGAUCGACAUGGCUGAUUCACAGUACCUCCUCAUCCUGGCCCCAUCACUGGUCAUCAUUCUCAUGUUCCUCUUCUUCUGGCUGUUCAUGAAGGAGACGUCCUACGAUGAAGUUCUGGCUCGCCAGAAACGAGAUCUGAAGUUGCCACCGGUGAAGACAGAUACUCGUAAAAAGAACGAGAAAAAAAAGAACAAGAAGAAGGAUGUCAGUGGUGGCGGUAAAGGGGGUGAAUCCGAGGAAGAACUCCGGGACUUUGAGCUGGUUGAUGCCACCAGCUCGACCUUAAAUAACGAGGUCCCUGAGGUGGUGCCUGCGCCACUGCCUGUUUCUGUCCCUGUGCAGUCAGAACCCCCAACAGGGGUGAGAGAGAGGAAGAAGAAAGAGAAGAAGGCAAAAGCUGCUGCUGCUGUGGCAGCAGCUGCUUCUCCUCCUCCUGCUGCUCCUGUCACCACAGAGAAACCAGAAGUCAAUGGCUCAAAGCCUGCUGUCUCUAAGGAGCAGCCCGUCCCCCUUACCAAACAGCCCAGCCCACCCCAGGCUCAAGCGCCACCUCCAGCUGCAGCUGAAACUACUGGCAAGAAGAAGGCGAAGAAGCAGAAGAUUGAUACUGAAGAGCCUCCAGUUGAGGUGAAGCCUGACCAGUCUCCUGUUGUGGUGAAGAAGGUGGAACCUGUGGUGAAGAAGGUGGAACCUGUGGUGAAGAAGGUGGAACCUGUGCUGGCAGAGCACAAAGUGCAGGAUGGAGCUGCUUCUACUGCCGUUCCUCCUGCGCCCACCACCUCCACUGGCAGUGGCAGGAGAAAGAGCAAGAAACAGAAGAUGGAGGCUGCUGUCACAGUCAAGGAGGCUCCGGUCCAGUGUUCUACUCCUGCCAGUCAGACGGAAUCUGUUCCUUCAGCAAACCACCAGGGCAGCAAGACUGAUGAGGUUGCUGCUCCUUCCCCAGCUCGUGCUUCCACUAAACAAAGCAAGAAACAGAAAAAUGAAACCGACAAAGAGAACUCUCGAGUGAAGCUGAAGGAGCUGCUGGCCAGUCUGGGUGGCCUGGUGUUGUCUGAUGCUGACGUAGUCUCUGUGGUCUCUCUGCUCCGUGAUAAGAGUCCUAAUACUUUAGACAGCUGGUAUAAAUCUGCAGCUAAGUUUGAGCCCUCAGCUCAGCAGCUGGCAGAGAAAGAACGUCUUCUCACAACCCUACAGGAGGAAGCCUCCAUCGCCAAGGACAAAGUCAAACAGCUCAGCCAGGAGUUGCAGGCCGAGAAGCAGAAGAGCAACCGUGCAGAAGCCGUGCUGCGGGAACAGCGGGUUGCCAUGGAGAAGGAGAUGAGCGUCAUGCAGGCCAAGGCUCAGAGCAGCUACCAGGAGCUUCAGAGUAUGCAAAUCAAGUUCCAGACACUGAGAGAGCAAAUGGAGGGGCAGAUCAGCAGACUACAGAAAGAGAACAACAUCUUUCGUGAUGCUGUGAGCUCAGCCUCUACCCCAAUAGACAAUAAGCAAAACACUGAGCUGAACAACCUGCGCUCGGAGUGUUCAAGUCUGAUGAAGGACCUGGCUGAGACCAAGAACAAGCUACAGCAGGAGGAACUCCAGAGAAAGAGCCUGGAAGUCAAUUACAACCAGAACGUGUCUCAGCUUGAGGUCCAGCUACAGGAUGCUAAGCGGGGUUGGGAAGAACUACAGAGCUUUUUUCACAGCAUGAACACAGAGAGAGAAAAACUGCAGGCUGCCAAACAAGAGUUGCAGAGUCAGCUGCUGGCAGUAGAGACCGAGAUGAAUAAUAAAAACAAGGAGAUUCAGACCCUCCACAGCAGUCUGACUGACACCAUGGUCUCCAAGGAGCAGGUGGAGCAAAAAGUCAGGCAGCUCUUGGAGGUCUCGCAGCAUAACUUGCAGCCUGACAACUCGUUACAGGCCCAAGUGCAGGACCUUAUGACUGAAAACAAGGCACUCAAGGUUCAGAUUGAGAGUCUUCAGCAUCAGGUCACCUCUCAGGCCAAUGCGGUAUCCCAUUGUGAGGAGCUUCAAAAGCUGUUGGCUGAGAAGGAGCUCCAGAGAAAGAGUCUGGAGGAUUCCCUUAAUGCAGAAAGAAGCAGUGGAGCCAGUAGGGAGACGAACCUGCAGGCCUUUCACAGUGAAAAUGUAGUCUUGAAGGCAGAGGUCCAUCGUCUGAACACACAGAUUUCUGAGCAGGCCUCCUCCCUGUUGGCAAUGGAUCAACUAAAACAGAGCCUUCAAGAGAAGGAAGAGAGGAUUAAGACAGUGGAGGUGCUGCUUGAGACUGGGCUUAUUCAGGUAGCCAAUAAGGAAGAGGAACUCAAGAACGUAAGGGAAGAGAACGAGGAUUUGAAGCAGCACAUUGAAGCCCUACUGCAGCGGACAGCAGAGCAGAAGCAGUCUGACACAACAUUGCUAGAGGAGCUGCAGAGACAGGUUCAGGAGAAGGAUGAGAAGAUCAGAUCAGUUGAGGAGAGCUUAAAGUCAGCAUUGCAAAAGGAAUUGAUCAGAAUGAAAGCUAUUGAGGAUCUGGAGAAGCAUUUAGGGACUGUGACAGCUGAGCUCGAUAAAGUGCAGAGCAGAGAAACUCGGGAGAAUGCGGACAUGAGAGCUCGGCUUCUGGAGCUCCAGUUUCAGUUAACUACUAAAGAGCAGGAGAUCCAGAGACUAGAGAAACAGUUUGAAGAGAAGGCUAGAGAAGUAGAAGAGAAGAUGGUAGCCAGUGCUCAGCUUGUAGAGCUCCAGAAUCGGUUGGCUACAAAGGAGCAGGAGUUUCAGGUACUGCAGAAGGAGAUGGAGGAGAAGUCCAGACAAGCAGAAGAGAAGCUGGAACAGCAGCAACAGAUGGCAUCAGCAGUUCAUAGUACAGAGUUACUGACAGCGAUUGCAGAAAAGGACGGGCAGCUGUCUGACGUUCAGGCUGAGCUGCAUGACCUAAAGGAGCAAGUGGAGCUUUACAGGAAGAAGAAUAAUGAGCUUCGGGAGAAAAACUGGUGCGCUAUGGAGGCACUGUCAGCCACCGAGACCAUGCUUCAGGGAAAACUCAGCAAGACCGUCAAGGAGAGUCAGACGUUAAUGGAGGCGACUGAGGCUGAAUGUCGAGCAGUUCUGCACCGACUUCUCCCACAUGUGCCUGUACCCACUGACCAGAGCCAUAAAGAGUGGCUGCAGAACUUUGAGAGCUCCAUGAUGGAGGAGUCAGCUAGAGAAUCGGCUAUAGCCGUUCAGGCAGAUAAUAGUCAUGUCCAGGAUUUGACAGAAAAGCUAAAGGAGGCUGAAGAGACCCAGAAAGUUUUACAGAAGGAUUGUGAGACGUACAAGAAAGUUUUAGCAGAGACGGAGGGCAUCCUACAGCGACUCCAGAGCAGUGUGGAGCAGGAGGAGUGCCACUGGAGGGAGAAACUGGAGUUGGCCCAGGCAGAGCUCAGGGAGAUGACUUUGAAGGUGACCGUGUUGGAACAGGAAGUGGACAGACUGGGCUCAGAUGAACUGGAGUGUCUGAGAAGAGAUAAACAGCACCUGGAAUCUGAACUGGAGAGAGCGGAGCGCGAGAGUGCCACUUAUGUGUCGGAGGUCAGAGAGCUUAAAGAUCUCUUGACUGAGUUACAAAGUAAGCUCGAUGGCUCCUAUACAGAAGCUGUCAGGCAGAAUGAGGAGCUCAAUUUGCUGAAGACGCAGCUGACUGAGACUCUGGGGAAGCUGGAGAUGGAGGAGAGUGAGAGACUGAAAGUGGCUGGAGAUCUCUAUAAGGCACAACAGUCUCUGGAGCUGAUCCAAGAGGAGAUCUUGAAGGAAGCAGGCCAGAGCAACCUGAUCCAGAACAGUAGCCUAACCACUGAGGCGGACGAGGUGGAGCACAAAGAGAAGAUGGCUGCAGGGUUGAACCAGACAGUGCAGGAACUACAGGAAUUACUACAGGCUGUCAACCGACAACUUACCAAGAGACAAGAGCGGUGUGACGGCGACAAGUAGCUGGGAAAGUAUUGGCAGUCCGUCUUCUGAAGGCCAGUUUUAUUCCACCCACAGCAGACACCCCUAUUAAACUCUGGCUCUCCCCUGUUUCCCUUCACACCUGAUCUGAUGUACGUGUGUGCGCUCAAAACCCACAGCACCAACCCAUCCCCAUCUAAGAAGAGCAGGGAUUGGCCAAAGCAUGGCCACAUACACUCCAUGAACCAAUCCAUCUGGAUCCUUUUUCCUGACUGUCCGUUUCUCUGCAGUGGCAUUCCUUAUUGUCAGAGUUGCCAGAGCUAAGCCAUCCGAAUAGACACAAUGGUUAGACUUGUUUGUUUUGAUUAAUUUUUAAUCCCUUUUCAGUUGAACCACUUUGAAUACUACAUCUUUUGUUAGUGCUCUGACAGAAUGGUUUUUAUCCUUUCAUAAAGAUGAAAGUUGAGGAUGUGUGUGUUUUAAAGACUCUGAGAAACUGACAUCACUACAUUUUUUUUUUUUUUUUUUUUGUUCUGUAGACUCAAUAUUGCUAUCUCUCUCUCUCUCUCUCUCACUCACACACACACAUGAACAAAUGCACCAUGCAUUGAGAUUUCUGAAUGUAUGUUUUCCAGGGUUACCCCCCCCCCCCCCUUUUUUUUCUUUCUUUUAAAUGUCUCUGUUAAUGAAAGGCAGUCAGGUAUCUGUUGUGCUACACUUUAACACAAUGCAACAAUCUGGCCUUGAAUGCCAGAUGCAGCAGAUACUUCUACUGUAAUACUUCUCAAGUACAAGGGAGAGGGAAAGGGGCAUCUCCAUCUAUAAUCUGUUCAAUACACUCUAAUGUAUUUCAUUAACAAGAAAUAUUUCAUUUUUUGUUAAACAGGUGAGCGUUAUUAAAAGGGAUGCUUGAUAAA